AUGACAGCGGCUGCAGCAAUCGUGUUAGGAGGCUGCUCAGUCAGCUCCCAAUAUGAAGCGACGACCGACCGACCCAUGUUGUUUACAACUCUCCAUAACGCCAUUGAAAGUAGAAACAUUGGCAGGCAGCGACGUCGCCACCCUUUUACCCUUUCUUUCUUUCUUUCUUUCUUUCUUUCUUUCUUUCUUUCUUUCUUUCUUUCUUUCUUUCUUUUACUGUUGCAUUUUUAUUGCUUUUUUACGUCUAUUUCUCUUUAUUUAUUAUUGAAAUUCUUGGUAUUUUUUAGCAUUCUCAUCUUUUUCCCCAUUUUCAUUCACUUUUUCUGUUUCUCCUCUUUCUUUCUUUUUUCUUUUUUCUUUUUUCUUUUUUCUUUCUUUCUUUAUUUCUUUCUUUCUUAUCGCUGUCUUUCUUUUAACGUUGUUCUAUUUAUUUUUAUUAUUGAAGUUUGUAUUUUCUUUAGAAUUCUCAUCUUUCUUCCAAUUUUCUUUCACCUAUUUAUCCUUCCCCUUCUCUUUCUUUCUUUCUUUCUUUCUUUCUUUUUCUUUCUUUCUUUUGUUUUCAUAGAUUAUUUUCUUUUAACAUCUUUCCAUUCAUCUUUAUUAUUGCAACUCUUCUUUUUUUUACCAUUUCUUUUCUACCUAUCUCUUCUUCCUUUCUCUUCUUUCCGACAAUUUCUCUUUCAUUGUCUUUUCGAUAUACAUUCACUUCAACGUUACAUUUCUUUCACUUUUUUCUUCACUCAUUUUUCCUUAUUUAUUCUUCUGUUUUCAAUUACCUUCUUUUUAUUCUUCUUUUUACUGCAACUUCCAAUUUUCUUCUUUUUAGUGUUUUUCUCGCUCUUUUUUCUAUUAUCUUGCCAUUUUUUUCGGUUUCACACUCUCUAA